UAAAACGAUAAAAUCCUAAACCAUAAAGGGAUAAAAACAAUUCAAAUAAAAAAAGACGCAAAAUGAUAUAUUUAAAUAUUCAAUGUUUAUUGCACAUGUUAUUUAUUACCUUAGAUUCACACAUGUGUGAGAUCCCACUGUUGCAGACGUGUUGAUCCAGCACUUGACAUGUUUUUGAAUAUGUUCAGAAAGGACAGAGGGAGGGGGUGCCACAGUUUGACCACAUUUUAAAAACCACAACACGCGUUUAAACCCCAUCGCAGCCACUCGUGGACACAGCGGUGUUUCUGAAGCGGCUGAUCCGGAGGCUGUCAGCAGUAAACACGGAUGAAACCCCCGGUGCUGCGGAGUCGGGUCCGCGGGCUCCUGACAGGGAGAAGUGGAUGAUGCUUAACAGUUUCAUAGCAUUACUGCCCUGCAGCAAUGGCCUGAGGGACUCUCUGGACUACAACCAAGAAGCUGAUAUGCAUUGAGGAUGAGUGGAGUUGGUGAAAACCCAUCUGACCCUGCCAGGGCAGAGUCAAGAAAACGCAAAGAAUGUCCUGCUGAACUUUUAGGACCAAGUCCCAAGCGAAGCAACGAGAAGCGCAACCGCGAGCACGAGAACAAAUACAUCGAAGAGCUCGCCGAGCUGAUCUUUGCCAACUUCAACGACAUCGACAACUUCAAUGUCAAGCCUGACAAAUGUGCAAUCCUGAAGGAAACUGUGAAACAAAUCAGACAAAUAAAGGAGCAAGAAAAAGCUGCUGCAGCAAAUGAGGAGGAGGUGCAGAAGGCCGAUGUGUCAUCAACAGGCCAAAGUUUGAUUGACAAAGAAGCCUUGGGACCAAUGAUGCUGGAGGCCCUGGACGGCUUCUUCUUCGUGGUGAACAUGGAGGGCAACAUCGUGUUCGUGUCGGAGAACGUGACCCAGUACCUGCGCUACAACCAGGAGGAGCUGAUGAACACCAGCGUCUACAGCGUGCUGCAUGUCGGUGAUCAUGCAGAGUUCAUCAAGAACCUGCUGCCCAAAUCCCUCGUGAAUGGCGUCCCGUGGUCCAGCGACGGUCCGAGGAGGAACAGUCACACGUUCAACUGCCGAAUGCUGGUCAACCCCCUCAGCGAGAGCCAGGAUGAGACGCACGAGCACGAGCCUCAACAGCAGAAAUACGAGACCAUGCAGUGUUUUGCCGUUUCGGAGCCCAAGUCCAUCAAGGAGGAAGGAGAUGACUUCCAGUCGUGCCUGAUCUGUGUGGCUCGCAGGGUGCCCAUGAAGGAAAGACCCGUGCAUCCCACGCCUGAGAGCUUCACCACGCGCCAGGACCUGCAAGGUAAGAUUACGUCCCUGGACACCAGUCUGCUGCGGGCGUCCAUGAAACCAGGCUGGGAAGAUCUGGUGAGGCGCUGCAUCCAGAGGUUCCACCUACAGAAUGAUGGAGAGAUGUCUUUUGCCAAGAGACAUCAGCAGGAAGUGCUCCGACAUGGCCAAGCGUUCAGCCCCAUCUACCGGUUCUCCCUCUCGGACGGAACCAUUGUGUCAGCCCACACCAAGAGCAAACUCGUGCGCUCGGCCGCCACCAACGAACCCCAGCUUUACAUGUCCCUGCACAUUUUACAGAGGGAGCAGACAGUAUGUGGAAUGGGCCAGGACAUGGGUCCUGGCAGUCAGGCCACAGGGAUGGCUCCAAAACCGAUGAACUCCUCUACUCCCUCCAUGACUCCUCCAACCCCAGGCAGUUUGCCAGGUUCGGGGCCUCAGGGCCAAGACAUUACCUUUAGCAGCAACAGCACGCCUUUUUCACCCCCAGGGCCCGCUGGACCCAGAGAACCAGCAGCCAUGGGCCAUAUGCAGGGCUACCGUUUUGGCUGCCCCCCACCACACAACCACACUGGUGGCAUGCAGCCACCACAGCAGAGCCCAAACUGGAGAAUGAACAGCCCCUCUCGCGCGAGCCCAAGCCCAGCCGGAGGGCCACAUCCGCCUCAACAGAACUCAAUGCUGUCACCCAGGCACCGAGGUAGUCCCGGGGGGGCAGGCAGCCCUCGUGUAGCAGGAGGCCUGCACUCACCAUCCCCAGUGGGGAUGUGUGGCGGAGGACCGGGAUCAGCAGCCGGUAGUAGCACCACUAGUGCCCAUGCUAACAGCUACACUAGCAGUUCUCUGUCAGCUCUGCAGGCCCUAAGUGAGUGUCAUGGUGUAGGACACGGGCACGGGCCCCCUCACGCACACACACUUGGGUCUCCAGACCGGAAGAUGGGCUCCCCAGCAGGGGUCACACAGGGAUCUCAUUUGAUGUCAAAAAUGGGAGGAGGCUGUGGAGCUGCAGGUGGCAUUGGAGACUCAUUUGGCCCUCACACAGAAGUGGGUCAGGGCAACACACAGGGUCAGACAGAGGGCAACCUAGGUGAGGCCAAGGAGGAGAGGGAAGGGGCACCUGAGUGCCAUGACGCUCACAACCGUCUUCAUGACAACAAGGGCCACACCAAGCUACUACAACUUCUCACCACCAAGCCAGAGCCUCUAGAGACACCCCUGUCCCCUGGCGCAGGAGGUGAGGGUAAAGACCAGUCUGGGACAGGGGGCAGAGGUGGCCCCACGGGAGGAAACACUCAUGCCACAUCCCUCAAAGAAAAACACAAAAUCCUCCACCAGCUGCUGCAGAACAGUACGUCUCCUGUAGACCUGGCCAAACUCACUGCAGAGGCCACAGGCAAAGAGCUGGGCCAAGACCAAACCCAGGGUGCUGGUAGUACAGCUACUGGGGCAGACAUUGCUCCAAAGCAGGAGCCACUGAGCCCUAAGAAGAAGGACAAUGCCUUGCUACGCUACCUACUGGACAAGGAUGAUAAUGCACUGAAGGACAAGCUCCCUAAACUGGAGCCUGGGGAGGUGAAAGUUGAAGGUGGCAAAAACACCCAUGUUAAGCAGGAGAAACAAGACUCCGGAUACGACCGGGCUGAGCAGUCGUCGGAGCUGGAUGACAUCCUGAACGACCUGCAGAAUGCACAGCCACAGCUCUUCUGUGAGCCGCGGCCCGUUUCGUUGCCCAGUCCCAUGGACAAACAGAACAUCAUCAAUGACAUCCUGCAAAUGUCCGAGAACAAUCCCGCCAUGGUGGCACAGCAGCAGCAGCACCGGGGCAUCGGCCCUGGCAUGGCACCAACUAACUUCGGGGGUGUCCGACCAGGCCAGCCAACCAGGGGUCUGCCUGUGAGGAGUGUGUCUCUGGAAAUGUCCCCCCAGCAGCCCUCGUUACAGUAUCCCAUAAGGGCCACAAGUCCAUACACCCUUAUGCAGCAGCAACAGCAGCAAAGUAUGGUGGGAAAUCACAGCAUGAUGGCUAACCAGGCCGGUAUGGUGAACACAGGACUCCUGGCUCCCGGUGGUCCACGACCGGGCAUUCAGCAGCAGCAGGAGGGCUGGGUGGGUUCAGCCUCUGCCCCUCCUCUGGGAGCCUCCGGGCCUGGGCAGCCAGGAGCCAUGCAGGGCCGGAUGGGGCCAAACGGUGUACCCAUGAGGCCCAACAGCCAACCAGGGCCGCGGCAGAUGCUCCAGUCUGCGAUGAUUGCCAACGCCCAACCUGAAAUGGAAAUUGGUAUGGUCAGCCACCAUUUCACCCAGCAACAAGCUCCACCCAAUCAGACCGCCCCAUGGCCGGACAGCAUGAUGCCCAUCGACCAGACAGCGUUUGUUAACCAGAACAGGCCGGUGCACUCGGCGCCCCAGGAUGACUUGCUGUGCAGUACGGGGCUCAGCUCUGGUGAGGGCAGUGGAGUUGACGAGGGGGCCCUGAUGUCCCAACUCUACACGGCACUUAAAGAUUUUGAUGGCUUGGAGGAGCUCGACCGUGCCCUGGGGAUCCCUACUCUGGUAGAACAGAACCAAUCCCUUGAGCCGGAGCCCCCCAUGUACAACCAGCAAUUUGGUCCACCACCAUCCCACAUGGCUCAAAGGGGCUACCCUGGUGCUCCCUUGCAAGAACCAGGCUUCCACCCCAUGUCUGGUCAGAUGGGUCCAAGGCCGAGUUAUCCCAUGAUGAGGAUGCAGACGCGCCCAGGACUAAGGCCCACGGGGGUCCCUAGCCAACCCAACACAUUAAGGCUGCAGCUUCAGCACCGGCUACAGUCACAGCAGAACCGUCAGCCCAUAAUGACUCAGAUGAGUAGUGUGUCAAAUGUGAACUUACCUCUCAGAGUCAGUGCUCCAAACCAGGGGACCAUCAAUGCUCAGAUGCUGGCGCAGCGUCAGCGGGAGUUGCUGAGUAAUCACCUGCGACAGAGGCAGCAGCAGCAGGUCCAACAGGCCCAGCAGGUCCAGCAGCAAAGGAGCAUGGCCAUGAGGGGGCCGGGCCUCAACUUGCCUCCCAACAUGGCUGCCGGAGGAAUGAGUAAUCCCCGGAUUCCCCAGGCCAACCCCCAGCAGUUCCCCUACCCGCCCAGCUACGGUACCAGUACAGGCCUGGCCUCGCCACCUCCUUCUACCAGUCCCUUUUCCUCCCCUCUCUCUCCCAGCCUGCCCUCUCUCCCCCCCAACCCCCAGCUCCACAUGCAUGGCACCUCCUCCUCUUCCUCCACCUCCUCCUCCUCCCAGAUGAUGAUGGGAAACACAAGCAUGAUGGGCGGACAGUACGGGGCCGUACUCAGCCCCCAAAUGCAGCACAGUGCCUUUCAGUUUCCCAACUCAGGUAUGAGCCAACAAGCAGACGGAGGCUUCGGGGGCCCCGGCACGCCACAGAGCCAGCUGCUUUCUCCUCGCAUGGCCCACACGCAGUCCCCCAUGAUGCAGCAGGGACAAGGAAAUGCUGCUUUCCAGGGGUCUCCUGACAUGAACGGCUGGCCACAGGGUAACAUGGGAGGGAACAGUAUGUUCUCACAGCAGCAGGCAUCUCCACAGUUCACCCAGCAGAGUAACAGCAACAUGUACAAUGGCAACGGUUUGAACCUCAACAAUGUCUCCAUGGCCAACAACAUGGCAACGAGCAGCAUGGGCCAGAUGGCCGGACAGAUGAGCGUCACGUCCAUGGCCUCAGGUCCCUCACCCAGUUUGCCCUCCAUUGGGCAAGAACAGAAGUACUGUUGACCCUCAUGGAGUUCUCAACCUGAACCUCAGUGAUCAGCUGGUGCAAGGAGAGCGUCGGCCCCUUUUGAAAAAUUGUACAAACAUGUAAAACCAACCGACCGUCCCUUGAACCAGCCAGGCCGUUCCCCGACCCCGUCUCCCCCAGCCAAAAUUUUUGCUGUGUGUCCCGGCUGGGCCGCCUCAGCAGCCCCACAGAGGAGCCCGGCCCCGAACAGACGCAGGAGCGCGGAGAGGGCUUGGGGUGAAGGAUCGUGGAUCCUUGUCCCAACACGCCUCACCCUCCUGGAGGAGCCAGUCUGUCUGCCUGUCCGGCUUCAUUCACCGUAGUGUGACUUACUGUAGGCCUCCUGGUGGGGGACACUGACUUUAGGGGGCAGCAGUGGGUGAGAUCCCUCGUUCUGAUGAAUGUAUUCCUCUCAGUGGACAGCGGCCAUUUACAAUCUCAUCUCAAAAACGACAUACACUGAUUUUUUUCUUUUCUAUUCUUUUCUUCUCUCACACAUUUGUGACAUUUCCACAUAGUUCCAAAAUGGCAGCAAAGACUCCGAGUUAUGUUCAGAAUUAUGGAUGGAGCUCGAACACUUAGCCGGUUUUGCCUUUUUGCUGUUCUUUAUUUUAUUACUAUGAUUUUUAUUUUUUUUUGUUUUUUUUCCUGUGAGAAAUAAGAUGUAGAUUGAAGAUAUGGUUGAAAAAACUGAUCUUGAAAAACACUGCAGAAUAAUGGUUUGAGUGGAAUUGUGAUUUGUAUGAUUAGACUAAUUUAGUCCAGAGGUUUCUAUAGUGUAUUAAAUUAAGUUUUAUUUUUCUGUAUAGAUUCAUUUUAAUUAUUGUAGAUGAUUCUUUAUCCUAGUAGCAAUGAGAAAAGAUAUUUCUAAAAGUGUGAACCAGGCACUUUUUUUUAUAUAAUUUUAACAGUAAUGGUUGUAUUCUUUCUGAUCAGAUUCUUCUUUUAACCUGAGUCAUGGAUUAUGCUUUGGUCCUGUAGUUUCAGAAGAAGAUGUCAAAGUCAAUUAUGGUUUAAAAAUGAAUUACAGAGAUUGUACAUACCAAUAAGUAAGACAUUUUCUUUCCUAUUUAUUUUAUUCCUUAUGGAUUCGUGUUCCUCCUGUCCGGUCACAACUGCCUCUUGAAGCAGAGCAAGAUUUUGUUUUAUUUUUAUUCCUGAAUUUUUGUUUUUUGUGUCCUCUGUUGUUUUUUGGAAGUGGAGUGGGAGCCUUCACGCUCUGAAGUGCUGGUACGAUGCAGACAGGGGAGAGGGUGGGAAGUAGGGACGGGUUAUACGGGGGUGUGCUGUGUAUACAGUGUACAGAUUAUCGCUUGCUUCUCUGCCUUUAGCAUAGAACACAAAAAGGAAGUAAAAAAAGAAAAAUACAGGACAAAUUCAACACAGCCAUACGAUAACUCAAAAAAAUAAAAUAACAGAAGUGUGCUUUCUAUGUUGUCUGGAGUGAAACUGCUUCAUACAAGCUGCUAGGUGCAAACUGUUCUGGUGUGAUGUAAACAAGCAAUAACGUUUACUUGAGAAUCUCUUGGUUAUUUUUUUUUUUUUUUGUGUUUUUGUUUUUGUAAUUUUUGUACAGUUUCCUGAAGAAGAAGAUGAAGAAGAAGCAGAAAAAACGGACACACUUUUGCUCCAUGUUUGGAUGCAGUAUUAAACAACGUUUUUUUUAUUGCAGUUUGUACCAAGAAAGUCUACAUCCACACACAGCGUUCCUAUUAGAUUAUGCAGCACUGGCUCGGGGGGGCCCAGAGAGAGAGAGAGAGAGAGGCAUGUCCGUGAUCCACCGCCCCCAUGAUGACACCUGCUCUCUCUGCCUCCAGCCAUUCGUCUAUAGCAGAGGUCAGAGUUAAGACUGCACGGUUCACGAGACCUGCUCUGACAGACACUUAGCCAUAUUUUAUGACCUCAGGCGGUUAGUCUAACUGUAAAGUGUUCAGUAAUGACAUGCUAUUUUUGUGGCCCCAGUAGGGGUUUGGUUUGACCUUCACUAGAUCUGAAGCGAGUCAUCUUCUCUAACCUCAAAACGUACAUUUUUCCUCAAAGAGACAAACCUUUUUUAUAUCGACUAUAUUAAACCCAGGACAGACAUGGAGCAAAGCCAAAAAAAUCCUCAGCCACCUCAAUUGGAUUUUCCGAAUUCUACCAGCUUUUAUUUCCACAGCGAGAGACGACCUGUCGGCUCGCGCUCUGACAGAGGCCCAAACGACAAACACACACGAUGAUGUCACUUAACAGGGUCUAAUGUAAAAUGUUAUUGCCGCAUAAAACACGACGAAGAAUCAUUCUGAAUGUAUUGUCAUUAGCGGCCUAUGGAUGUGACUGACGGUGUUCCUUGUCAACAUGUUGACAACGCAGGUGUUGAGCAGUCACACCAUGAAUCUCUCAGCAUUUACACAGGAAGUCGCCCAUCGUUGCAUAUUCUUUCUGAAAGCGUUCUUUGUGAAAUUUGAAGCUGUAGCAAGUCAACUUUGGGACGGAGGACGUCUGCUUUCGUGUCCUGUCCGUCCUCGCCGCUGAUGUCACGCAGGUGUUUUUUCGCCGCAGGCCCACAGGAGAUCACGCUUCUUUGACAAAAGCUGUUUUGAUUGUAAAAUACAGUCGUGCAGAACAAGCCUUUUUGAGCCAUUUUAAAAGAAUGAUUCAGAGCCCUUUGCAAAUUUCCAAAGAUUGUCGAGAUUUUGAAAACUUAAAAGCCAUGUGGUAGCAAUGCAUUUUUUAGCAUUUAUAAUGAGGACGGGUGCAAAGAGAUGAUUUUUUGCCCCUUUACCAAUAUCCAGGCUUGGACCCACUAAACGAAAAUACUUUGUUUCUCUCUUUUAACUUAUGGUUUUGAAGAACUUUAAAUGCCCUUUUGUAUUGUCUGCAAAUUUCUUAGAGCUAAGAUGCAACCUUGAAAUGCUAAGAACCCUAGCAUAAUGCCUUAGAUUUCGUCCGUUUUUGUUCUUGUACAUUACACCGCUGUCUGUAUAAAUUUGUAUAAUGACUGUGUACAAUAUUGAAUGGGUGCAUCAUUCUCUAGGUUGAAAUGUCCCUCAUCAUCGCUCUCUGUUCGGCUUUGGGUUGAAGACUCUGUUGAUUUCAUUUCUGCCCCCUCCUCCCUCGCUCCUUCCCUCCCUCCGCACUGUUUGUAUGGAGAAGAUAAAACAUAGGGAUAUUGAAGCAAUAUGUAAUAUACUAUAUGGACUUUACUGAAGAAUGCUUACUGCUGUGUUUUCCCCCCUGGGAUAUUUUUCUUUUUCUGCAUCGUUCACAGGAAUCACACUGUACACCCGCAUCCACCUUCGUACCCCUAGUGUGUGAGCGUUUUAUGCAAAAUUAGAUAUACAAGAGAAGUUAAAACCACAGUUAUGCAAGUUGUGAACUAAUAUGGCUUCGCUGAUGCUAUUUGCCUUGUAAAUAAAGAAUUCUGUUAUUGCAAUAUUUAA